AUGGAGAGUGCAGCUGCAGGUCUCCCACUCCAGGCUUCAGAGGGUGCCGUCUGUCAUCGCUCCCGGAGAGCCCGGCGGCAGCGGCGGCAGCAGCGGCAGCGCCUGCUCCAGCCGAGGGAGCGCCUGGAGAGCAGCUCUGCUCUAUGGAGGCCCUGGAUGCUCACAGCAAGAGAUGAGGAGAUGACAGAAAACCAACAAAUGUCAGAACAGGAUGGUCAACUAAUACAUUUUAGAUCAAAAGGAGGUCUGGGGUUUCAACAUCCCGUGAGACUUUAUUUGCCCAAGUCCAAAUCCCAAAAGUUUCUUAGUAACAUUGGAGAGAAGGUUCUGGCAAGUUUUCCAGUACAGGCUACAAUUCACUUCUACAAUGAUGACGCCAACUCUGAGGAAGAUGAAGAAGAAAUAAAUUCAGCCUAAAAAUGACCAGUGUUCAGCCUUGAGAAACACAAAAGUUAAAAAAUCAAGGAGAUUAAAAAAAAAAGAACUGCCAGAAACUUAUGGAUAAACAUCUCACUGAAUGAAGAAAUACAUCAAAGCUCAAAGGAAAACUAUUUAUAUCCUACGACAAAGAAUGAGUCAAUGCAACUGGAAACUUAAGAGGAAAUUCUUUUGUGUUUUGAGAGACUUUUAAAUAAAACCUUGAAGCUGAAUACAAGUUUCUAAGGUUUAAAUGAAGUAGUUUUAAGUAACAUGGAUUAAGAACAUUAAGAGCACUGUGUUUAGUUCCUUCUUUUCACACUGGUCCUGAUAAAAUGAAAUAAGGUUGAAUAUGAGGCAAAAUAAUAUAAUGUACAGCCCCAAAACAAGCUGAAGGCUUUGAAAAGGUUGAAUUUAUG